AUGCAGAAUCACCAUCCUUCAUCGGAAUCCCCCCUCCCUUCAUCACAUGUGACCUCAUUUUACAAAAACCCUCUCACCUGGGCAUCUAACGCUCACAUAUCUCUCUUCUUCAUGAACGUGUAUGCAAAGCAUCUAUGGUACUUCUUUUCUUUUGUAUCUGUGUUUCUCCUUUCCUCGCUUCUGUUCCCUGCCUCUCCCUCUCUCUUUAUUCCUUUCUCUUGUCCAGAGUCUUCUAUCUCUCUCUCUCUCUCUCUCUCUCUCUCUCUCUCACACACACUCUCUUCGUUUUCUCUCAAUGAUUUUAAGGAGUCUUCUCUCUCUCUCUAUCUCGUCUUCUCUUCGUUUUCUCUCAGUCUCGUCUUCUCUGUCAUUCUUUUCGCCUUCCUUCUCACUCUCUUCCCCUCUCUCGUUUUCCUUCGUUUUCUCUCUCUCUCUUGUCUUCUCUCUCAAUCUCUCGUCUUCCUCUUGACUCUCGCUCUAUUUCUCUCUCUCUCUCUCUCUCUCGUCGUUUCCUCUCUAACUCGUCUUCUCUCUCAUUAUCUCGUCUUCUUUCUCAUUCUCACUUUCUUUCUCUCUUCUUUCGCCUUCUCUUGUCUUCUCUUCGUUUUCUCCCAAUCUCAUCUUCUCUCUCAUUUUUUUUGUCUUCCUUCUCACUCUCUCCCACUCUCUCGUCUUCCCUUCGUUUUCUUUCUUGUCUUCUCUCUCAAUCUCUCGUCUUCCCCCUCACACUCACUCUCUUUCUCUCUCUCUCUCUCUCUCGUUUUCUCUCUAACUCGUCUUCUCUCUCAUUAUCUCGUCUUCCUUCUCAUUCUCAUUUUCUUUCUCUCUCUUUCUCUUUCUCUCUCUCUCUCUCUCGUUUUCUCUUCCUUUUCUCUCUAUUGCGUCUUCUCUCUCAUUAUCUCGUCUUCCUUCUCAUUCUCAUUUUCUUUCUCUCUCUUUCUCUUUCUCUCUCUCUCUCGUUUUCUUUUCCUUUUCUCUCUAUUGCGUCUUCUCUUGCAUUCUCUCGUCUUCAUACUCACUCUCGUUCUCCCCCUCUCUUUCUCUCUCUCUCUCUUUUUCUCGUUAUCUCGUCUUCUCUCUCAUUCUGUCGUCUUCCUUCUCACUCCCACUCAUUCUCUCUCUUUCUCUCUCUCUCUCUCUCUUUCUUCCCUUCAUUUUCUCUCUAUCUUGUCUUCUCUCUUGUUAUCUCGUCUUCCCUCUCACACUCACUCACUUUUUCGCUCACUCUGUAUCUCGCCUUCUGUUCAUUUUCUCUCUAUCUCGUCUUCUCUCUUAUUCGCUUGUAUUCCUUUUCACUCUCACUCUCUCUCUCUCUCUCGCCUUCUCUGUCCUUCUCUUGUCUUCCUUCCCAUUCUCUCUCUCUCUCUCUCACUCUCUCUCUUCUUCUCUUCUUUUUUUCUUUCUUGUCUUCUCUCUCAAUCUCUCGUCUUCCCCCUCACACUCACUCUCUUUCUCUCUCUCUCUCUCUCUCUCUCUCUCUCUCUCGUCUUCUUUUUGUUUCUUCUCUCUGUCUCAUCCUCGUUUUCUCUUUCUGCGUUGAAACUAGGUUAA